AUGGAAACGCUUAACAAUGGAUUUGAACGUGGCCUACCAAUAUCAACAACACUCCCUGCAGGUGCAAAAAUUGACCUGGAGAUCAAAGGCCAUUGUCUUGCGCAAUUCACAGCUGAUGCCUUAGUGCCCGACGCGGUCGAAGGCAGCAAAAUGUAUCCGGGGUGGAUAUUCAUCCACAAGGACCUUGCUGACAGGUCUUGCGCAUCAAAAGCACCACUGCCCGAUACGAUUAUCCUUUCUCAACUGGCUAACCCGCAGCGAAAACGACGAUUGGGGAUAACGCUUGGGGUGAUGAUAAGCGUUUUGUGCUGUAGCCGGGCAAUGUUAAAUGGGUGCACGAACUUGUCCCUUGAUGGUGUCUUUAAGGUGGGAUGGAUGAAGUAUCUGGAGGAGCUGGUGAGCGUCGGGUCGCAGUGCGAAGGGUCCGAGAUGACCGUGGCGAGAGAUAAAACGAACCUAUAUUGUCAAGUGUAG